AUCCAGUCCCUCUCGCGCAUCAUCGGCACGAGUCCUCAAGCCCCUGGUGUCGUGGAUGGCAAUUGCUUCGCCAGUUGGAUUGAUCGCCGCCUCUUGACCCGAGACUCACGUGCCUGGAGUCUCGCGGAAGUCGGAUAAUCUGGCCGUUCAGGAACGUAUACUCGCCGUGUCCCUUGGCUCCUGUCGACGCCAUUGCCAGCUGCAACGCUAGUCUUCUACUCUUCUUUCUGCCUACUCUCUCUCCGACGCUGUAUGGUCAUAUGAUUGGACUCUUGAAAUCAUCUAUGACAUGACUGUUUCGGUUGUUUGCUAGCAUUGGCGUGAAGACAAUUGAACCAUAUCAAUUGGUGUUAUUCAGCCUGUCCGACUAUAUCUAUCAAUCACGCCAUGGCAGCCAUUGCAGCGCUACCAAUGCCUUUGCGUGCAUCCCGACAAUGCACUCGGCUACAGUGUCUAAUCUCAUCUCCACUUGGGACCACUCCCCUCUCACGGCGAGGAUGGCAGGCCUUGCCACUGGGGGAAGCUCGCGGCUUUUCGGCUGUCACCUUGGCUAGUCGCUCGAGGAUCCAAGCAAGCUCAUUACGAAAGAGAACCGGCAUCACCUACGCCAUAGAGUCAAGGUUGACGCAAUUUGGUCAACAUAAACGAUACUCUGCGCAAAGGCCAACAGAUCAGAGCCAAAGCUCCCAAGCAGACGUGAAGAAGCCGCCAAUUCUCUCCAAACUACCCCGACGCACUCAUGAGAACAUCUACACUGUCCCCAACAUCCUCACUUUCACCCGGCUACUUGCUGCGCCCCUAGUAGGGUACUUCCUCGUCCAUGACCACCACGUAGCUGCAUUGGGUCUUUUUGCAUAUGCCGGUAUUACGGACCUCGUGGACGGCUGGAUCGCAAGACGGUAUAACCUACAAACAGUUGUCGGAACGAUCAUCGACCCAAUGGCCGACAAACUGCUCAUGACGAUCGGAGUCGCUUGUCUCGCCGUGAACGGAUCAAUCCCAGUCUGGCUUGCCGUCAUCAUCUUGGGCCGUGACGUCGGAUUAGCGAUUUCCGCAAUCUACUACCGUUGGAUUUCCCUGCCCCCACCGAAAACCAUGGCCCGCUACUGGGAUUUUUCUCUCCCCUCGGCCGAGGUCAAGCCGACCACGGUAUCCAAGAUCAACACGGCCCUGCAGCUGCUGCUCGUGGGUAGUGCCAUUGCCCUGCCUGUGCUGCCUGAGACAGUGAUCGAAGCAUGGAAUUUGCAGGAAGCCAUGACCGCAUUCCAAUACCUUGUCGCCGCCACAACUCUCUGGUCCGGCCUCAGCUACGUCUUCUCCAAAGACGCCGUCAAGAUCCUCACCAAGGAAGAGGUCCAGAAGCGCAUUGCCCGCGCCGCAGCAGGAAAGAAGCCUUAGGCAUCCUGUGCAAGUGGCAGUAGUGAUUAUAUAGCAUAAAUAGCCGCGUAUGUGUAUGUGUUGUAUUGUACAUAUUAGCAGAGCAUUGUUGUUGUUGGUGUGCGUGGUAAUUUAUUCGUGAGCGUGGU